UUGGGCCCCUCUGUCUCCUCACAGGCUCAGGAAGAGGCAGCCCGCCUGGCAUCAAUGCCAGCCUGGAGAAGAGACAUGAUGAAGAAGAAGUUGGAUGAAGAGAAACAAGCCGAACAGCAGGCCAAACAGGCAAAAGAGAUCGAGGAGAAGACGGAGCAGGAGCGGCUACGGACCCUGGGCUACGACGAGACCAAGCUGGCCCCCUGGCAGCGGCAGAUAAUUCUGAAGAAAGGUGAUAUAGCCAAAAAGUGA